AUGAGGGACCGCGAAGCUCUGUUUCUCGGUUCUCUACCAAGCUUCGACGAACUAAUGGCGGUCAAAGCCAUCAUUCAAUCGAGAAACGACGAUGAAAUAAGCACUAUCCAGCCCUUGUGUUGCAGGUAUAGUUUAUUUCGAUAGCCCUAAGGUUACUGCUAUUUUUAAACUCGAUUUUACUGGCGAAGCAUAAAGAUGGUAGCUUUUGUCUCAGUUGAUUUACAGGUGUUUGAAUUUUGCUUGCAGAGAGUUAAUUUUCACGGAACCCAAAGUUCUUGUGUCACCAUUAAUGGAAGAAAGGAAUCAAUUAUUUCUCAUAACUGCGGUUGGUAUCAAUUAUUUUUAAACCGGUAGAACUGGAGCCGCUAUGUGUAUUAUAGCAACUGAUUGAUUAUUUGAAUUUCAAAUACACAACGAUGAACACAAUGCUUGAGUUGUAUUAAGGGUAAAACCAAAUUGAAUAGUUGAAUGAGCUAACGAAGAGAAAAAGUUAUUCAAUUAAAUUGAUUAUUUAUUAACUUAUUAAUUCGUUGUUGUUUUGUGUUGUUGUUCUUGCCUUUGUUGUCGUUAUGGUUGUUAUAGUUGCUGUGUUCGUCGUGGUAGCUCUUACAGAUUUUAUCAAACCGAGAUGUGUACUUAAAGAUUGUGCUCUUUAUCUGAAUGGCAUUCCGUCUUACAACUUAAUUUUCCUUUCAACCAUGUACUUUUUAGAAGCCAAUGUCUAAGUCUCCUCAAUUUCAAGAGCUACUGCAAAGGCUGAGCAUCAAGGUAAUCAUGACUACAGCUCAAUCAAAUGGAGUAUGAAAUCAGCCCAGAAACACUUAACACAUUACCUCUCCAAAAAUAGUUGGAUAGCUAACCUGGACUCGCCUGAAGAGAAAAUACUUCCUCCAUCAAACUCCGAUUGUAAGGGUCCGUCCGUUUUGUAGCAAAGACUCAGAUGUGAGAACUACCCCACUUUCCCUUCCAGUCUAUUUUGUAUACAGAACAAUAGUUGUGUUUAUCUAUUCUUAACAGAUUACAGAACCAGUAACCUUGACUAGGACUGUGUUUCAGUUCUGUUUUUCUUUCACAAUGAGACAGAAACUUGCACCGUUGUGGAACAAAGCUGGCGAAUUUCUUGUCCAAGGUAAUUUUGGUGUGGCCGCAAAUCAUUCAGUUGAUUCUUUAUUUACAUCUUAUGAAGAAUGCUGUAUGUGAACUUUGUAUACAACAAAAAUGUUUGUUUUGUAGCAGGAAAACACUCUGUCACAGAGUAGGUUUGGGAUAUUUCAACACUUUCAAGUUUAGCCUCUAAGAGACCAUUUAUUAUCUAUUGCCUGGAGAGGGGGAGUGACGGAGGGUUUUUCUUUUGAGGGGGGAGGGGGUAUCGCAAGGUGUUCGGGUGGAAGGGAGGGGGAUCAGAUGCUGCCAACAGAAUAUAAAGGGGACAAUAAGAAAAUUGACUGUAGCUCUCACCCCGCCACUCUCCCAGGCUAUGAAUAAUGAAUGAUACCUAAAUGCUUGCAAAAACACUGAAGCUAUUUUGCCUGACAAUCAAUAAAUUAUUCACUUUGUACAGUCUUAUUUAUUCAUUUAUCUAUAUUGCUACAUAGGUCGAGACUUCAUGCUGGAAAAUUCAAAGCUAAAUGCAAUCUGUAAGUAAUAUUGAGACAUUAUCUGGGAGAGUUAAGCUGGAAUUCUUAUUUGAACUUGGCAACGUUCACUUCCUCCCUUGGCUUAGUAAAAGACAGUUUGGAUAAGAGUAUAAAACUAAAUUUUCCACCAAUCUUAGAGGAACAACUCACUGUUGCCCAAUAUUAAGAAUCCUCAGCUGUUAAGUUUCAGUUUUAUAAGAGAAGCUUGGAGAAAUUAUAUCUUGAUGGCUGGAAUGGUAAUCAAGAAUGAGGUCACAAAUUAAAUAGUCAACUCUGUUCUCGCUAUUCGAUAUAUCUUAUGCAAACCAUGUUUUCUCAAGUUUUAAAUCUAAUGACUCCCCUCUUUUUACCCUAUGAAGCUCGAAUUCAUUUGUCUUUGAAGUCUUUUUGGUGCAGUUUACGUUAAAAUUGCAGCUUUGGAAGUAACAAUCACCGACAAGAUUUUCAUUGGAUUGCAACCUUUUUCUCUCAAGUUAACCCCGUGCAAGGUAUUUUACAUUUGUAGAGCCUCUGUCCACUUAAAAGUAUUCAAUUUUACGGGCGAACGUUCAGGGUAACCGCAAGAGGAAAAAGACAACCAUUUCAUCUACGAUGAGUUGUAUUUUUUUUCAAAAGCUUUAUCUUGAGUAAAUCUUCGAAAAUUAUGAUAAUCUACCGAACGAAAUGUGCAUUCGCGGCGCAAACCAGGCGCGUAAGACAUCGUUUGGUUUUUUUUGGCACUUUGACCUUUGCUUAUUUUAUUUUAUUUUAAUUUUUAUCUAGCCUGAGCAUUUUACCGCGUCAGUAAAAGCACUAGAAGAAUUCCACAGUAACAAAGAAUCUCACAUUAGUGACAUCUCUAUUUCUGACGACUUGUGUUUUGUGUUGCCAAGGUAAGCUACCUCACAUAAGCAUUCAACUACAAUCAUAGUAGAUUUGCAUCAGAGGAAACUUCAUACGUACAUUGCAAAAAAAUAGAUAGAAACUGUGCGCUAUUGACUCGCUGGACUCGCUUUCCUCGGGGUAUAGUGCUGCUGCAUUAGAUGAGGAAUACGUUUCCACAUAGUUUUUGGCCACUUCUAAAGAGUGGUUUUUUAGUGGUUUUUCGUAUCUGGCGUAGCACAGCCUAUUUUUGUAUAACCCUUUAUUUUCAGUGAAUACUUGCAGAACAUUGCAGAUUGUAGUAGGAUGUGUAGACUACAAGACUGGCUGACUUCUCGCGUGCAUAAGCUUUCCAACCUUUUUUAAAGAGGGCUGAAAGGAGGCGUGGUGGGCUUUUUAAUGAUCUUGAUAUCCUAACUAAGCAAAAAAAUGUUAUCACGCUUACAGCAGAAAAUGGAGUUCAGAAAUGCUUGGAAAGAUGUUCUAUUGUAAGAAAGCUUAUAUCUAGUGCAUCUUAUCAUUAUCUUGCUGUCGCAAAUUGACCUUUGCACUGUUUUAGCCUUAAAAAAGGAAGGAUUGUUAGCAUAACACACCAAAUUCCUGAUGAAUGCCCUUUUACAAGUUACGAAGAACUGCGAAAACAUUGGAAACUGAUGGUAUGAACAUUGAAAGAUUGAACAUUAUUGAAACGGAUAACCGAUUCAAAGUAGACUGUUUCAGGGGUUAAGUGCGACAAAACGGAGCGCAGUAUUGCACGACGCGACAGUAGGGGCUGAGCAAAAAAAUGAACGGCGCUAUAGUCAGGUCGGGUCGCGUAAAGAACACCACGUUCCCAAACCUCCCUCCAGUUUUCGUCCCGCCGCUAUUACCAAGCAGUUUACAAUCACCCUCAAUUACCUUCUUUACUAAUUGAACGCAUGGAACAGUCUAACCUCAAGUUCGUGUUAGAACCUGUAAGAUACUAUUAUAUCUAGUUUUUUUUUUGUGGGGACCUUAAAAACAAAUAUGAGUGUAAACUUUCCGGUCUUUUAUAAAUAAGAGUAAAAUGCUAGAUUGGCUAUUGUAGGAAUUUUUAUUCACGUUUAUAAGUGAAACCAUGCAACCCAUUUUCGUAAAUUACUUAACUUCGUCCACUUUUUUGGGCUUUUUAUUUAUUUCAACAGUACGGAUACAGACUUCCACCGGAAGAAAACAUUUUCUACAAUGUACAGUUCUAUUACAUCAAAGAUAAAAUAUUUACGUAUCCUUUCCUCGACGUUUUUCGAAUAGUGCAAUUUCCGACUUUGUAAUGGGGCCCUAAGAAUACUGAAUGUAAGUUAAUUUUGUGGUUUAAUUAAGAGGCUGGACUGGAAAAAAAGGAGACUUCAGCGGCCUCAAAAGCCAUCGAAACCCCUGCCGGGUUUUAGUUGUAAGGAAAGCUUCUUAGUCCCAUACUGCCCCUUCGUCGCCCCCCCCAAAAGUGCAAAUGGCUAUGGCAAAAUUUCUUAGAAACCUGACAAAAUGGCGUAGAAGGGGGGGAGAGAGAGGAGAAAGAGGUGGUGGUAACCUACGAUGAACAAGCAUUCAAUCCGGAGCGUACCAAUAGCCAUGGGAGAUAAGCCCAGUCGGUAAAAGCUACACUUAACUAGACCAAAACUUGACCUCUUUUAAGAUUUCAUGAUAGAGACGGGAGAAUUUCUUAACAUUGACGCAGAUACCCAGCUAGCUGUAUUCGAAGCAGCCAAGUGUUAGUGUCUCCUCGCUGUGAUCACCAGUUAAUUUUCAACUCUUUUUUAAGAGACCUUUCAAUGCGCAUGCAAACUGUGUGCGGGGCACCAUUGACUUUUACCUCUUCUCCACUCUAUCCAACGAGCAGCCUUAAACACGCUUCUAACCCAAACCACUUAAAUUUGACAAAGAAAACACCCCCUCAAUUCAACCAAUGUAAACCCUUCACUGUGCGAGGUACAAAAACACCCGAGGAUACUCAGAAGCAAGUAGUCACAUCUUCAUUAUCUCGUUUGAUUUCGUCUCAGCCGACCUCUCACUCUCCUGUCGUUCAACCUAUUUCACACCUUUCUUCACCAUAUGUACCUUGUUUCACCAGCAGUAGCUCUGUCAGCAGCAUAUCAAAUGAUUCUGACCUAAUUACAGCGUCCUCUAACUCUGCUUCCCAAUUCACUGGCACACGAAUAAUUCCAAUGUUUUCAAGAAAACGAGUGCCGAGCCAUGAAGAGGAACAACGUACAGGUUACAAAAAAGGGCACAAAACAGAUCUUAAAGGAGGAUCUGAACCUCGAGCAAAAACGGCGUUCUCUGGAUUUUUAUCAAUUUAUCACGCUGCUCCCACGCACAAAAGCCCACUUUCAAAUUCGUCGAAUUCAUUGCUAGCUUUCCACCAAGCAGAAAUGAGGAAGACAGUGAGAAAUGAAUCAGGAAAUAAAUCAACACACUCGAGCCGCACUCUGCUUGAAAACAGGAACGUUCACGCUGAAGGAAGACGAGGUAUAAAUGAUGGGGCAAGUGAAGAUAUUGGGAGAAGCGUUUCAAGCCCAAUGUGUGUGAAAGAGGAUUCUCCCACGACGGUUUUUAAUGGGGCAUCAUUCUCUAGGCGUGACAUCUCCUCCGGUCACAGUCUAAGCCUGUCGAGUCCAGUUUCAAGGUUCUUGCCUCAAGCGAGACCUGAAUUAAUAAUAACACAAGCGCCUAAACGUAGAAAUAUUGCGGCCUCCCCUACAGAUAACACAAACUGCAGAUCAUUUGAAGACACCGCGUACUCAGGGAAUGAAAUUUGUCUGUCGUCAAGCAGUAAUCCUGCAAAUAGAUCUUCAUUAUCAGUAGCAGAAAAUGGCAGACCGGGUACCAGUCCCUGUCUGCUGAUGAAUGAGCCUCGUUCUACUCCUGUUCGGGUACAUAGUUUUAUGUGGAAUGAUUUUAUCAUAGCCCGAUAAGUGUUUAUGCGGUUUAACCUCUGUCCGGGAGGUUUUUCGGGUUCAUUUUCAACACCAGAAAAAAUGGAGUAAUUUAUUUCUUCUUUGACAUUAUUCAGAAGUCACUUGUAAUCCGAAGUAUCCCCCGAUACUUCAGGAAUGUCACAAUAAACAUAAAAAUAUCCAAUCCCUACUUAGGUCUUUAAAUUGAUUGAAAGCUUUUUUCCGUUUCAGAUCAAUGGCCUUCCAAAUGAAGGCACGCCUUCUAAAGGGCCAAAGUCAAAGCCGAAACUUCAGGAGAAUGUGGAUGUCAGAGAGCUGGCCAUAAAGCAGCAGGUAAAGUAAAGUAUUCCUUCCUUGUUCCAUAUUGCUUUUCUCGGAUUUUAUCAUCUUUAAGGGCAUCGUCUCCUUUAUUGUACACUGAGCCUAAAGUCAUAGGCUGCAUGUCUGUCGAGAACUCAAGAAAAUAAUUUGAUCAGCUUGCAGAGCAGUAAUCGUUGCGAACAGAAAUGAGUAAUUCAAAGAAAACAAAGAGAAAACUGUUUUCCAAUUCCAGCCUCAUUUCAUUCCAAAUUCUCAAAUGUGUUAACAACUUUGUUUCAAAGAAGAACCCAGUAGUCCACCAAAUGCGUUCUUUUCACGAGAAGAAGCUUAAGGCUAUCUGACAAAGGAAGCAGAUCCUCAUCUUUCUAACCGUCAAAGCAUUUAACUCUGUUUUAUCAAUGCUAACAGCUGUUCCCUUUUCCGCUCUUCCAGUUAGUUUCAUAUUGAUUUUUAGCCUAAAUUUUCAUUUCGAAAUUUGAACCGCGCCCUUAACUCUCACUUAUCAGGGAGUCAGCCUUCCCCUCAGCUUUUGUUCGUCACUUUACUAUUAUCUUGAGUGCUUUGCCUCAUUACGAAGCUUAAACAUACAACAUACAUUUAGCUCCACAAGGUAAACAUGGCGACGUUGAUCGACUGGCUUAAAAAGCGAGGUGUCCCUGUGAAAUCUAAGGACAAGAAAGAAGAGCUUGCCAACAAAGUGAAGGAGUACAUUUCAAUGGUUGCACAUGAAUCAUAA